CAGUUAAUUUACAUAAAGCGGGCGGCCUCUCCUGGAAUGCGAACUGGAAGAGCAUCUUCAGAUGCAGAGAGGAUGUGGUGGACGUAGCCAGAUGACAUUCUCAGAUUGUGCAUGACAAUUAAUAAUUUGGAGGUAUCGAAGCAUAAUAAUAAAAAGAUACAUUCUCGGAAUUAUUCCUUUAAAUUUCUCAUAUCCUCAGGGAAUCGAGUGGCGUCGGUCAUCUCAUACCGAACAAUCGAAUGACGUGGGAAGCAAGUGACGGAGGAAGAAAAAUGAAUUUUUAAACCAUAGAAAGGAGGACAGUUCAGUGACAAUCAAGGAUGCAACAGCAGAAGCGAUAGAUAUUGGAAUCGGGACAUCUACAAUCAUCACGCUCAGUUGCUGGAGAUCGAUUCAACCGCCUUCACAAACUUCACGGGACACCAUUCAGGAUAACGCGAGUAUUCUUGUAUUUAAAGCUUGUGAAAGACAGACAUGUGGACAUUUCUGGGCAUCGCCACGUUUACCUAUCUGUACAAGAAGAGCGACGCCGCUUGGUCCUGUCCGAGCAAGGAGGUCAUUCUGACGGCCCUGCUCUUAGUGGUGCUGGCCUUCCUUCUGUCACGCGUGUCGGCGCCUUCCCGCUUUCUGAGGUUGUUAGCCGCGCUGCCCCUCUCUCGGUUCUUCCUCCCCGAGCACGAGAGUCGAAACAAACAGAACACGAGUUGUCAGGAUGAUGGGAGGUCUUUGGAUUCAAGUAAGACAGCAGCCUCAUUGAGGGGCAUCUGCCCUGUCCUCAGUGACUCAGAGAUUGUCAUUGUGGGCGCUGGAGUCCUUGGUUCAGCCAUGGCGGCUGUCUUGGGGAGGGAUGGUAGGAAAGUGACUGUAAUCGAGAGAGACAUGAGGGAACCGGACAGAAUUGUUGGGGAACUUCUGCAGCCUGGUGGAUUUCGAGCGUUGAAAGAGCUUGGACUUGAAGGUGCAGUCGAAGGUGUCGAUGCUCACACAAUAAAAGGCUACAUGAUUCACAACAGCGAGACCAGAACGGAGGUGGAAAUUCCUUAUCCUGUGGUAGAAAGUGCAGUUCAAUGUGGAAAAGCGUUCCACCACGGACGCUUCAUCAUGGGCCUGCGGAGAGUAGCAUCUGCUGAAGCCAAUGUAAAAUUUAUUGAAGGCACCGUUACAAGUCUGAAAGAGGAAGACGGUCGAGUCACUGGUGUGAUAUAUAGAGACAAAGAAAGUGGGGAAGAAAAGGAAAUCUAUGCCCAAUUGAUAGUGGUUGCUGAUGGAUGCUUUUCCAGAUUCAGGAAAAACUUAAUCUCUGGUAAAGUCAGCAUUUCAUCCCAUUUUGCUGGCUAUAUCAUGAAGAAUGCACCGCAAUUCAAGGCAAAUUAUGCUGAAUUAGUUUUGGCUAACCCCAGUCCAGUCCUCAUCUACCAGAUCUCUUCCACAGAAACACGGGUCUUGGUAGACAUCAGAGGUGAAAUGCCAAAGAAUAUAAAGGAUUAUAUGAUUGACCACAUUUAUCCACAGCUACCAGAACAUUUAAAAGAACCUUUUCAAUCGGCAGUCCAGAAUGAUCGAGUGAGAACUAUGCCUUCGAGUUUUUUGCCUCCAUCACCUGUAACUAAACCAGGAGUUCUGCUUUUGGGAGAUGCCUAUAAUAUGAGACACCCAUUGACUGGCGGGGGAAUGAGUGUUGUUUUUAAUGAUGUCAGAAUAUGGAAAGCCCUUCUGCAGAAAAUUCCUGACCUCUGUGAUGAUACUGCCAUGCUGCAGGCAAAGAAGAAAUUUCACUGGGAAAGAAAGACGUCACAUUCAUUUGUUGUGAAUGUCUUGGCACAAGCCCUGUAUGAACUAUUUGCUGGAACAGAUGAAUCCCUGCAUCAGUUGAAGAAGGCCUGUUUCUUGUAUUUCAAACUGGGCGGCAAGUGUGUUACAGGACCUGUUGGAUUGCUGUCCAUUCUGUCUCCAAACCCAAUGACGCUGAUCGGCCACUUCUUUGCUGUCUCCAUUUAUGCCAUUUAUUUUGCUUUCAAAUCAGAGCCUUGGAUUACAAAACCACGUGCCUUCUUCAGCAGUGGGGCAAUUUUGUACCAUUCUUUGGCAGUAAUAUUACCUCUCAUCUACUCAGAACUAAAAUAUUUGAUUUACUGAGACUUCUGCAAGUGAAUAAUGAAAAUGGACAGUGAUAAAGUUAUUUUUGUUUUCCAAGUAUGUUUGAUUCUUAUUGUUUAGUUAGUAGCAUAUCAUCGUUUCCACCUGUUUAAAAAAAAAAAAAAAAAAAGCCUUCUGUGGCGCUUUGCCAUUUGCUUACAAAAGAAAACAUUUCAGAGUAUCGGACAAGUGUGGCAUUUGAUCUUUGGUCACAUCUGCCAGGAUGGAGUCCGCCAGUGA